AUGGCGAACCCGGCGAUCGCGGCGACGGGGAACAUCAUCCUGUUCGUCCUGAUCCUCGGGCUCGCCUCGCAGGUGGACUGGGGAGAGUUCAAGCAGCGGUUCAGCAAACCGUACGGCAUAGGCAUCGGACUGCUGUGCCAGUUCAUCGUCCUGCCCCUCGCGGGGCUCGCCAGCGUUCGAGCCUUCUUCCCGAACAACCCGGUGUACGGCAUCCCGCUGCUCGUCACCGUGUGCUCUCCCGGUGGCAGUUACAGCAACUGGUGGUGCUCGCUGUUCAACAGCGACCUCCCGCUGUCCAUGGCGAUGACCACCGCGAGCUCCCUCCUCGCCGUGGGAACCCUGCCCGUGAACAUCAUGAUCUACCUGGCGCUGGCGUACCCGAACCGCGGCGACGACGGCGUGAAGGUGGCGUACGGAGGCCUGUUUUUGUCCCUGGCGAUGGUGGUUUGCGGCAUAGGGCUCGGGCUGCUGGCCAGCAUCAAGCGGCCGGAGUGGCGGGAGAACCUCGGGAAGCUCGGUAACGCGGCUGGGGUCACGCUCGUGCUGCUGGGGGUUUUCUUCUCGAGCAACUCGAGCCGGCCCAUAUGGGCCAGGUCUUUGGAGUUUUACGUGGGCGUGGGCGUACCCUGCGUGGUGGGUUUGCUGGUGGCACUCGCGUUCGCGUACGCGUGCGGUUUGCCCAAGCCGCACUGCCUGUCGGUCACGAUCGAGACGGCGUAUCAGAACACCGCGAUUCCUCUCGCAGUCAUCUUGUCCACGUUUAGCAAUGACGAUAAGGCGAUGUGCGACACCAUCGGCAUGAGGGCCGAGGCUGUGGAGGGUGAGGGGGGCGGCGCGGCCGAUUGCGACGUCAUAGGCGUCGCCGCGGGCGUGCCCACCUUCUACCAGGUUGUCCAGGUCGUUUCCCUCGGUAUCCUGUGCCUGGCGGGUUGGAAAGCCGGGUGGACUUACGCCCCCCCGCAUCACACGCUGUGGCGCAUCCUCUCGGAUAACUACCAGCCCAUUGCGGGCGACGACGAACCCGACGAUCCGGACGUGCGUUUGGCACACGGGGGGAGCACGGGAUCGUUCGUGCACAGGGAUAUUCGCGCGAGGCGGCGGCACACGCGGUCGCUCUCGCUGGGCAGCGGCGAGAACUUCGACUUUGACUCGAUCAACUUCGCGGAGCUCGGCGCCAUCGGCGAGGAGCGCACGGCGGACAACCCGCUCGGGGGCGUGGGGGAUGCCGGGGGCCGGGGGGGCGGUCGCGCGCGGCGGGGACGGGGUGGUCGGGGGCCGGGGCACGCGCGGACGAGGUCCGACGGCGGGUUCUUCUUCGACGCGGCGCUUCCGCCCAGUCGAUCGCCGAAGAAGGGCGAGGUCAAUUCGCUGCUUCGCGUCAAUUCGCUGGGGGACAUCGUGGAGGACGAUUCCCCGCGCCGGGAGAAAUCCGAUGAGGUGACCGGGGAAGGCGACGAGUGUGGGGACGAUGAGACGGUGGACGUCGAGGCCGUGGACCUCGAGAAGAAGUAGACGACGACGCGCACGUAGGAGAAUGAGGUUGACUAAAGACUCUUAUGCAGAUU